AUGGACUCACAUACGUAUGACAGUCUAGAACAACGUCUUGACACCUUGAAGGUAGACGUAGGUGACUCCAAUGAGCUCUCAUUGGUCAAGCAGGUUGCACAGCUUCAGGCUAGACUAAACCAGUUAUACCAACAGAACCCGGAAUUGGGCAUCCUUGACCAGAUUCGCAAGGAAUUUCCUAAAACAAGACAAUCGAGAAUUACAGAGGGUUCUAUCUCAAAGGAAGAAAAACAGGAGACUAUCUUGAUAAAAUAUCCCCAAAUCAAAAUGGCGUAUCAGAGUUUGAUGGAACUUCAGAGCAUUGAAAUGCCGCAGCUUCCGAGCGAAAUUGCAGAGAAAUUGGAUAUCCAACAGAUAACUGUCAGAGAAAAUCAGCUCAAAGUUCUUGCAAAUAACUUCCACAUGAUGGUGGUGAAGAAUUUGGUAGUUUUAGAGAAGUAUGUUGGUAUGGCCGAGAACGAAGUGAGGUUUUGGAAUAGAAUAGAGAAAAAAGUCAACCAAUUGGGUGCUCAGGUGAACGCUGUCGAACGUGACCGGAGAAUGGAGAGUAAGUAUUAG